GCAUCAAAUGAAUCGUCAUCAAAGCCCCUCAAAAUACUUUUAACAGUUGAUUUGAGACAAAGAAGUGGAUAUUAUUUGGAUAAGACUUACUUCAUUUCUAAAAUAGAAAAUCUUAAUACCCAGGCCAUUCUUUUUCUGCGUCCCUGUCGCUUCGGCAAAACAUUAUUUCUUUCUACUCUGUCUUCUUAUUACGAUAUAAAGAACCAAGAAGACCAAUUCAAACAAUUAUUUGGUGAUCUGUUCAUCA